AUGUUCUUCGACAUCUUCGCUCUCUUAUUCCUGCUCCUCGCGAGCCUGAUAGCAGCCCAGCAGACCCCGACCCCAACCAUCGUCGCUCCCACCACGGCAGCUCCCAGCGCGACAGCAGCGUCGACCGCCCAUGGAUACGCCUAUGCAGGCUGUUGGAACGAGACGAACCACCUCGCCAACACAGGCGGCCAGCGAGCCCUCUCCAACGGCAACAGCGUAAGCCCGCUCACUCCCCAUCCCCCUCCCGCUCACAAAAUAAUAAUCCCCCCCCCCUCCUCGCACAGUCCGCCAACAACACCAUGACCCUCGACUCCUGCAUCCUCUUCUGCAACACCUACACCAUGCAAUACGCCGGCCUCGAAUACGGCCGCGAAUGCUACUGCGCGCAAUACCUCUCCGCCUUUUCCACGCGCCUCGCCGACAGCCGCUGCGGGUAUGCCUGCGAUGGCAACGCGAGCCAGCUCUGCGGCGGGGCGCUCGCGAUCUCGCUGUAUAAUCGCACGGGCGGCGCGCAUACGGGCGGCGUCGCGGGCAGUCUCGUGGGAGGAGGAGGAGGGGCACACGGUGCGGCGGCGUUGUGGGGGUUUGCCGGGUUGGGGAUGUUGCUUGUGGCUGGAGUGCUGUGA